AAUGUCAGAAGUAAACCCAGCAGUAGCACCACCUCAUUCUCCAGCGACCAACCUCCAUCUACACCACCGCGCCACCCCAAAACCGCUACUGCACCUUCCUCUCAGGUUCGUCGAUUCAUCUUUGAUUAACAAGCUUUACCAUUUUCCAUUGAUCUGCUCAACUCAAAUCUACUGACAUUUUGCAUUUUCUGUAUUGAUUCCUUGCAAAUCAAAUUUCAAUUAGCUUUGAAUUUGAUACAUGACUGACUGUAUGGUCCGUUUUCAAAUUUACAAUGUGAUGAUGAUCUGAAAAUGCCUGCACUUGUAUUGUAUGAGCGAAAAAAAGAGGCUUUGAUUGUUGUUUUUAUGGAGUUUUUUACUUACCCUUUUGUUUAAAAGAACCCUAGAGUUUCGUUUCAACCAUGCUUAAUCUUCAGUCUGCAUCAAAAUACAAACUUGAUUUGUCACUUACCCUGUAAACUUGAUUUUGUUAGACAAGUUUCCAUUGCCAUUAUGCAGAGAGCUCUUGUUUAAUUAAGUAAAACAGAAACGGCAUUGUUGGGUUUCGGCGUUAAAUAUAACAUCUGGCAUGGGUAAGGAGAAAGUAUGCUCUGAAGAUGUUCACAAUUCUCAUAGCCCUAAAACAACUCUCUGGUGGUUUUUUCUUGUUGCUACCUGUAUAAAAGCUCUCCUUUUCCCAUCCUACCGCAGUACAGACUUUGAAGUGCACCGCAAUUGGCUGGCUUUGACCCACUCCCUCCCUCUUUCCCAGUGGUACUUUGAUGAGACCAGUCCAUGGACUCUUGACUACCCACCAUUCUUUGCCUUUUUUGAACGCUUUCUAUCCAUUUUUGCUCACCUUGUUCAUCCCCAAAUAGUGCACCUUCAGGAGGGGCUGAAUUAUAGCUCAAACAAGGUGAUUUAUUUCCAAAGACUUACCGUAAUAGUCUCUGAUUUGACUCUUCUUUAUGGGGUUUACAGACUUACUCAGAAUCUAGAUUCAAGAAAGCAAAAAUUGAUCUGGUCAUUGGUUAUUUGGUCACCAAUGCUUCUUAUAGUGGAUCAUGUACAUUUCCAAUACAAUGGCUUUCUCAUUGGGAUUUUGUUGAUUUCUCUUUCGUAUUUGGAGGAAGGAAGGGAUUUGUUAGGUGGGUUUGUUUUUGCUGUUCUCUUGUGCUUUAAGCAUUUAUUUGCAGUGGCAGCACCAGUUUAUUUUGUUUAUUUGUUGAGACACUAUUGUCGGGGUGGGAUUGUGAGAGGCUCCAGUCGACUUUUGACUAUGGGAGGUAUGGUUGCAGCAGUGCUUGCAUCUGCAUUUGGGCCAUUUUUCUACUUUGGGCAGAUACAACAAGUCAUCCAACGAUUGUUUCCAUUUGGCAGGGGGCUUUGCCAUGCAUAUUGGGCCCCAAAUUUUUGGGUAUUCUAUAUCAUGUCAGAUAAAGGGCUUGCUUUCAUAUUCAGAAAACUUGGGUUUAAUAUCCAGACACCAGCAGGUUCAUUCACAGCUGGGCUAGUAGGGGAUUCCUCACCUUUUUCUGUACUACCUCAGGCUUGGAAGAAUCCACAGCCAAAGAUGAUUUGUAGAUGGGUAGCCUAUGCUUAUACCUGUGGCUUUCUUUUUGGGUGGCACGUGCAUGAGAAGGCAUCACUCCAUUUUGUAAUUCCACUAGCUAUUGUUGCUGCGCAAACCCUGGAGGAUGCAAAGCAUUACUUUUUGCUAUCAAUAGUAUCCUGCUAUUCACUUUUUCCGCUACUAUUCGAGGCACAAGAGUAUCCUAUCAAAGUUCUGUUGCUGCUUCUGCACUCCAUUUUGAUGUGGUCAGGCUUUUCAGCACAAUUUCAUGAUGGGAUUGAGACAAGAGCGUCAAAUGCUCGUCCAAAGAAAAAGGUUGAUCAAUUUGGAUCUAAAGGUAGUUCAGGUGAACCUGUGAAGAAUGAAGGUUUUGUUAUUAGCUGGAUUGAGAUGAUUUAUCUGGUUGGUCUUGUAGUUGUAGAGAUAUGGGGCCAAUUUUUACACCCUCUUCUUUUGGGUGAUAAGCUUGCAUUCGCGCCCCUUAUGUUGAUCUCUAUAUACUGUGCUUUUGGGAUCAUGUACUCUUGGAUUUGGCAGCUAAGAUCCAUUGUUAAAUCUCUUUAAAUUUUGGACUGUUUGCAGUCAUAUUGAAUUCUCUUUGCAUGCACUUUUAGAAGCAGAAUUUCGAGAGCUCUCUUUUUACUUUUUUCAAGCAAGACAUUGCUUGAUAUGAAUAUUAUUAAACCCUAAUUGAAAAGUUAUUUGAUCA